AUGAGCUCAACAAACUUCGCCGCCGCCCAACAGCGGGUUCUUGAACGUCGUCGCCUGCGCGAGGCCGAAUUGCGCGCCCGUCAUGCGGCACAGCAGCGGGCUUCCCCGAUCAGCCCGGCUGUCGUCCAGCGGCUGCCCUAUCCAUUGAAUCGAUGGCCCAGCUCGGGAUGGCGCAUAUGGAAUACCAUCAAAGGUCGGGAUGGCACGCGUCCCGCAUUUCGAGUGGGCCAGGUGGAUGCCGAAUUGUUGGAUGAAGAAUUGCUUGGUCUGAUGAAGGGCCAGGUUGGGGAUGCCCUCAAAUAUUUCGGGCCGCAAAUGCGAGAAGAGUGGUCACACGAGAUUCUGUUCGCGUUGCGGGCUAUCCUCUUCAAACUUUCAAUAUGGGAUCAUAAUGCAUCAUAUGGCGCGGCACUACAGGGUCUGAAAUAUACCGACAGUCGAAGCAAAGGGCCCGUUUUCUCUUCGCCUACGAAAUGGCAAAAAAGUAUCUAUGGCUUGCUGACAGUCGGAGGACGAUAUGCAUGGGAUAAGUGGGAGAGCUGGCUGAUCAACCAAGAAGGCGGUUAUGACGAGCCAUCGCAGGACAUCCGGAUGCUGUCACGACUAACGGACAUUAUUUCCACAUCGCACUCGAUUGCCGCCUUCGUCUCUUUCCUGGUGUUCUUAGUGAAUGGCCGAUAUCGUACCUUGGUCGAUCGCAUCCUCCGCAUCCGACUUACCCCGCCCUCUGCACAGGCCAGCCGGGAGGUAUCCUUUGAAUAUCUAAACCGGCAGCUGGUCUGGCAUGCGUUUACGGAAUUCCUUCUUUUCCUCCUUCCUCUUGUUGGAAUUGGUCGCUGGAGAAGGUGGAUAUCCCGAGCUUGGCGCAAGUUGGUCAGUUCCAUGCGCUCAAGCGACGAUGACGACGAGCCUCUCGAAAAGCAAGGAGAGCUGGCCUUCCUUCCGGAACGGACCUGCGCCAUCUGCUACCGCAAUCAGAAUCCAACAACAACGACAGAAUCGGAUAUUACGGCGGCAUCUGCUGCGGGUGGCGCUUCAGGUGGCAUCUCGGGAUCGGCACAAACCGAUAUUGUGAACCCUUACGAGACUGUCCCCUGUGGCUGUAUUUAUUGCUUUGUCUGCAUUGUGCAGAAGAUUGAGGCAGAAGAAGGCCAGGGAUGGACUUGUCUUCGAUGUGGCGAGAUUGUCAAGAAGUGCCAGCCUUGGAAUGGCGAUGUGUUGGAGGAACCGCGCUCGCAGCCUGGCACUGGCAAGAUUGUUGGGUUUGCCAUUGAUGGGGAGUCGGACGACGAGGCUCAUGGGUCAGAUGUCGCCCAUGAAGAGUUGGAUGACAAGUCCAGCCCACUGCAGGAGAUCAGUGGAGACGAGGCACUGCAACAUUCGGAGCAGUGGUCGGCCGUUGAGAAGGACUCUGGAGAGGCGGACGAGGAG